GAACGGUUUUGGGUAGAAUCAUGACGUGGGGUUUUAGACUAUUUUCGUUUGCUAUUCUUCUCGGUUUAAGCUUUUCAUCAGAUCUUAUUGUUCUAAAUGACGCAAACUUCAGUUCUAAUGUAAUAGUCAACAGUUCGGAUGUGUGGUUUAUUCGUUUUUAUGCUCCUUGGUGUAUACAUUGUAAGAGAAUGGAAAAGGACUGGGAACAAACGGCAACUUUGUUGAAAGGGGAGAUCAAAGUUGGGAAUUUGGAUGCCACUACAGAACUGGAAACAGCCUCUCAAUUCCGCAUUCGUGGCUAUCCAACCGUUUUACUUAUCUAUAAAUCAUCCGUUUUUAUGUAUGGCGGCUCUCGCCAAGCUUCUGAUAUGGCAGAGAAAGCAAGAAAGGCGAAAAGCGUAUUACUGGAGAAUGGUGGAAUUCCCGAUGGAUUCAGUAGCUAUUUGAAGUAUGAGCCGAAAGAAAACAAGUCUGUCCAGCCUAUAUCAAAGACGAAUCUGCGAGUCAAACGACCGAAUCUACCCGUGAAAGCAGCGCUGAGCACACUUCAAAUCUUACUGAUGAGUCUGUUUUUGCUUAUUAUUAUCUGUGUGGUCUUGUUUUUGCGAUAUGUUUCGAUUUCUUCGAGAGAAGAAGGAGAAGAUUUCGAAGGACCCGAAGCUGAAUCGUUUUUGUCUUAUCAUGAACACAAACUGUGA